UCCUGGUUAAAUCCACAGCGCUUACUGUUGUGUAAACACUGGGAGAAAGAGAGGGAUGCUGCAUGAACGGAGGAUGUGAGGUUAACGAAAGCUGCAGCAGAGAGAGAGAGAGAGAGAGAGGGAGAGCGAGACCGAAGCGCGAGAUGCCGGAGCAGCGCGUGCGGGUGGAAGCGUCCAGCUCAGCAUCCACUGAGGUUUCCCUCAGCACAGCAGUCACAGAUCAUGUGAAGAACAUGUGAAGAUGCUUUGGGCAUCAUCUCAGGAAUCUGAUAUUUCAUCUCUGAAAGCCCAUUAAGAAGCAUAGAAGACACCGGGACUGUGCACGCCCAGGGCAUCGAGUUCAGAAAGCAUCAAGCAGCACCAGCAGCAGCACCAGCAGCACAGUGGCUCCCCCUUCAGGCCGGUCUGUAGAGGUGCUGCAUGGCCACGAGCCCGACACACUGCAGCACGCAUGAGCACGGCUGGACGGUGAAGUCGCAAUCAAGCAGCAAGACACAUGAUAUGGAGGUCAGAGGUCACAUAAUCACUGGGCCUGAGCUGCAGGGCUCCACGGACACUAAGCAGCGUGCUGAACGAAUGGUGGAGCUGCAGGAGAGACGGAGGAGCCUUCAGGCUUUACUCAGCACCCGCCUGGCUGAACUCAGGCGUGUGUGUCUCCAGGAGGCGGAACUGACUGGAGAGCUUCCGAACGAGUUUCCUUUAGACGCAGGAGAAAACCCCCCUCACGUGCGGAGAAGAGUCGGCUCGGCCCGCUCCGGCUCCAAGAGCAAUUCAAAAAGCGAGGAGGAAGAUGCGUCUCAGCACAGAUCGAAAAAGACUCUGUUCAGCGGCGCCCUCCGCAGGCACGUCGAAGCUGAGCAGCAGCCGGCUCACGGAAAGAGGACGACAGUUCACAGAGGAUGUCACACAGAGAACACAGUGAGGUCUGAGAGCAGCUCCACGUCCGACUCCACCAGCCAGGAGACCGAGGAGCUCUCUAAUGGUCCGUCCCCCUCUCAGCCCCGGCUGGUCCCGGGGAGCCCAGACAGCAGGUUCUGUCGGAAACUCUCCCCCGUGGAGAUCUACUACGAGAUGAAAACCAGACGCAACUCUGUGUCCAGCUCAGCUAGCCCGAGUCGCUCUCUCCCGCGGAGCGUGUCCAAUCUGGAGGGGAGAAGCGUCCCGGCGACGCCCCAGUUGACCCGGAACGGCCCGAUCGGCGUGCACGUCAGGUCUGAAUCCUCCAGCAGUACUUCGGCAUUAAAGCAGCGAUCAGAUAAUCCUGAAGUAACCCAAGCGGUGCCUGUUUCAUCUCAGGAUGCUUUUUCCCCUGGGCACUUGGGGUGUGCUUACAGCGCCCAAACACGACGCAGCAACAGCUCUGACGCGCUGCUGGACCGCUGUGUGGAUGAAGGUCAGAUAUCAGGUCCUAUGGUCCGGAACGGUUCUCACAAGAGCUCCGAGGCGCUGCUGGAUGGCCGUUUGAAACAGGUGAACGGGCACGCGGAGGUGACCCGCGUCCGGUCUAUAUCAGGCGGCCGUGGCACGAGCGGCUCCAGCGGAGGCUACAGUGAUGUCCUGCUGGACUACGUGUGGGGGAAGCAGCAGAAGAUGCAGCAGAUGGUGCAGCAGCAGCAGCAGCAGCAGCAGAGACUGCAGGCUCAAAACAGUAUAAAAGCACGAGCCUGGCACGAAGUGCCCCCUGUACCGCCUCCACCUUACGUGAACGGCUUUUCUUCCUCAUCUCAGGGCCUGAUUCUGGCCUCAGGACCUCCAGCCUACAGCCCACUGAUGCUGCGGGGUAAACCGGGUGAACCUCGGCGGGUCAAGGUCAGCCGAACCAAAUCCUGCGGGCCGUUUAUUCCCGUCCAGCAAGGUUACACGGAGAUCCCUGUUGCUAACGGACACAAUGGAGUGGGACAGUUUCAACCCCGGCAAAGACCCCCUAACUACAGCGCAGACCUGUCUUCUGGCUCCACCCCCCAGGAUGAACCUACGCGCAACCUGCACAAGGCCCUGGCGCUCGAGGGUCUAAGGGACUGGUACCUGCGCAAUGCACUGGGGCAGCCGGGCACGGCGUGCACCGGGAAAGGCCAGGAGGGGGCGCCGCCUCAGCGCAGGCGAACCACAGCCUCGCUGCACCCUUCACAUCCACCACUUAAACAACAGGCACAGUCGUUUCAGGGAGACACGGCGUACACACAUCUGCCCCAGUCCGCUACGUUCCAUGGACAUCCGUUACGGUCUGCGGAUUUUUCCCCGUACCAAGACACCUUCUCUUCCAAAAUGGAGGACUUGACCUUGAAGGAGACGAAUAAUGACAGACCCAGUCCUGGCACACUCGUCUAACACACACACACACACACACACACACAAAAGUGCAUAAACGCUGGAACAACAAGAAGAGGCUUGUUUUAUAGACAAUAUGGAGUCCUAACCAGAACCCAGUAGCUCUGAUGUAAACACAUAAUCCUGUUCUUACAGAUCACACUUAAAAAAAAAAAAAAAAAAAAAAAAAAGUUAACAAAGAACUGACAACAACAAACAAACAAAAAAAAACACUUCGUCAUUUUUUCUCCAUUUAAUAGGAUGUAACGGUGAUUUUUCUUUUUAAGUACGAUCACGGAGAAGACAUAACCCAGGCAACUUCACCAAGGUAGCACGUGCAUUUUAAAUCACAAACUAUACGUUUGACGACUUUGUCGUGUCCGUAUUAGCAUCACUCGGAUUUGCUUUGCUGAAUGUUUCGAAUUUAUAUUGACCGUCUGCUGAAAUCAGUAUUAAAAUUUCAGGUCUUUUCUCUAUAGAUCAGCUUCAACUCAGAUUCGCUUUUUAAUCAAAAGGGUCAGGAUCUUUUUAAUAAAUCUUUACACACGCACACACACACACACAUACACAUAAAAAAAAAUUCCUAUGCAAAUUAGAAUCAAAUUACUAGAAAAAGAUAGAUGAAUAGUGUUUAAUAUAUGAUUGUUUUAGGUUUUUUUUUUUGUUUGUUUUUUUUCCCUCCCGUACAGUAUCCAAAAUGGUGUUUCUGACGAGAACGUUCAACCAAAUCUGAAAAAAAUGUUACUCUUCCCUGAGUUUCUUAGUGUUUUACAAAUUUUCGAUCGUGAGCUUUUGCUUUUCUAAAGCGGAAAACAGACGGAAAAUCUCCUCUGCCGAAGCGAGGGAAGUGUGAGUGAAUGUGUGGGACACGAGGAAGAAACAAAAUACACACACUGCUGGUGUAUGCAAAAUCUCUGAUGAGAACAGUGUGUGUAUGUGUUUGUAUGAGAGAGAGAGAGAGAGAGAAUAGAUUUGACUGUUGCUCAUUUGUGUCUCCUUGUUCAGUAUUCACACGCAAAUGGCCCUUUACCGAGGUCACUUAGACAUCUCAGCUUCACGUUCAUUAUAAUUAGAUUCAACUGCUAAACGUAGAAGAGCUUGAUAAUGGAUGAGUCCCGAUUCCACUCCGUCGUAACGUUAUUUAUUGAAUGCUAUAUAUACCUGUAUAUGACACUUCCUGGGGCGGCUGGUAUAAAAUAGGCUAGCAGGGCUAAGCCCCGCCCUGUCUUUCAAAGAUAAAUAUAAUCUUUCCUUUUUGGGCAUCAACAUCAGAUAAAUUGCUUUUAAUAAAAUGAUUAAGGUGGAUGCGUUCGGAUUUUUUGCCGAACGAAGCGCAGCAGGACCACAAGCGAAGCGGUCAUAGGAAAUGACCCCGUAAUACGAGGAAGCGAGACUGGGGCUGAUAUCUUUCGAGCGCACGCCGUAGAUUUCACAUAGCCGGGACUAGAUUUUUGACUAGAUGUUUUACACACACGCCUCCGUGCCAUUAGAAACAUUAGAAGGUUGCAUGGGAAAUACUGAACGUGGUGAAUGUGUAUUUACGCUAUCAUCCAUGUAUCCGCCUGAAAUGGCUUUGGAGGCGAAACUAAAGGUACGCUUGAGGUCAUAAGCUAACGUACGCCGUACAGAAUCUGCGAAAAGUUCAUCGUUUCAAAAGAAACAACGUUUCAAAAGUGUACACACGCUUGAUUCUUAAUGCUGUGUUGUUACCUGGAUGAUCAACGACUGUUUUGUGAUAUCUGCUCAUGAGUCCCUUGUUUGUCCUGGAGCAGUUAAACUGUUCUUCAGAAAAAUCCUCCCCGUCCUGCACGUUCUUCGCUUUCCCAGCAUAUUUGACUCCUUUCCAACAGCGGCUAUAUGAUGCCGAGAUCCAUCUUUUCACACCGAGGAUGACUGAGGGGCUCGUACACGACUGUUACAAAAGGUGCCAACGUUCACCGAUGCAACACGGUACAUUAAGAACCACGGGGGUGUAAACUUUUAAACAGGACGAUCAGUGUAAAUUCUUUCUUCGUUUUUUUUUUUUUUUUUUCCCUUUUCAGAAGCUACAUAAGAUAUCCGCACGUUUCCCAGCAGACGAAAUAACAACGAUCCCUCUUAUUAUUUCUUUAUUUUUAUUAUGAUUUCCCCUUUCGCAGAUUCUACAAGGCGUACGUAAACUUACGACCUCGGCUGUAGAUAGGCUAAGUGUCCAUCGUCCACCUGAAUGAGAGGGUUACCGUUUUUUUCUGUUUAACACGUUAGCAUGAGGAACGCAGUACCGUUCUUCUCCCGUUGAUCCUCGAGACCUCCCGCUCAACCCUUUCAUUGUCAAUCUAUUGGCCAAUGGAGACUUAUAAUGUGGGGUAAUCGAACCAGGACGCCAGCCGACUGUCGACCAUCGUGCCUAGCAGCAAUAAGACAUCAAAAAAAAGAAGAAAAUGUAAAAUAUAUAGCUUUAGGCUCAUGUAAAAAAAAAAAAAAAACAACCAACCCAUAUAUAGUGUAGUUCGACAUGCGUCUGUGUAUUUUCUCACAGUCGGAUUGUAUUUCAGGCUAAGACUGGAAAACAAAAUAAAACCCCACGUCAGGAUUGCAGGCUAAUCCAAAUCAAUGUAUCACGCUCUGGUUUUUUGAUAGUGUUAUUACUGUUUUAUAAAUUAACUCCUAUUCCAGCGCAUGCGGGUACUCGGUUAUCAGCUCUGCUAACCUCCUAUUCACGCCCUAGUCCUGUUGAUUUUUAUAUCUCUGAACUGAGCCAAUAGCGGUCCUUUUCUCUCAGAAAUGAAACACUCAGCGUAUUCUCUGUGAAAACUGUUAUACUCUUUUAUUGCUGGUUUAACUCACCCUUGUCAACUAACUAUCAGUGUUAUAUUUUCACCAAUUGUAAAAAAAAACUAAACACCACACACACACACACAUUGUAUACAAAAUCAUUUAUCUAAAUCGCAAUUUUCAUUCACUGUUCAGACUGGAUCUAUAUAUUCACUCCAUCUACACAACAUAGCAUGCUAGUUUGCUAGCUAGCUAAUAUCAACCAGCUAUUUUGCAACCUAUUAUGCAUAGUUGCGGGGGGGGGGAUGGGUAGCUGACUGCGUAUUACAAAGGAAAUCAUAUGAGAAAUUCACUCCGUUUUCCUCCUGAAUGUGAGUACGAGUCGACGAGGGUGUGUUGAAAAUAGCAAUGAAACGAGCGUAUUUGUGUAUUAAGACAAUGCUAACGAAUGCUACUACUAAAGCAAUCAGGAGCCUCCCUCGGUUUAUUCGGGAAGCUCUAACCUCGUCGCCAAAUGCUGCCAUGUUCGUCUCAGGACCAAAACUAAAAGCUGCUCCCACUUCCUGUCAUUAAACUCAACAACACGGCCGAUUGGGUAGCACCAUUACGAAGCCCGCUGAAGUGACAUGGUGAUUAUUUUUCAAUAAGGCGUGGCCUUGAAUUUAUAUAUUGAAGCCACAAACGAAGUAUCUCAUAGCCAUGAGUUAUUGCGCUGUGGCCACGAGAGACCGACGUCGCGGUGACAGAAUUGUUUAAGUCAGCAAGUGAAUAUGUUGUGGGAACGUUGUAUCUGAUCCAUAGACUGCGGUUAAUUAUUUGGAGGGAACGGCUGAAAUAAGUCUGUCAGAAGUUUCUUGGAGAAAACUAUACAUUAUCUUAUGACCUCAAUAUAUUAUCUCAUGGACUUGAUUAUCUUGAUAUUAUCUUCUGGUCUAUUUUUUGUGGCCUAAAUGUAUUAUAUUGGGACUUGACAUAUCCCUGUGGCCCCAUUGUUAUAUUGUGGCCUCAAGAUAUUAUCUCAUGGCCUCGUUAUAUUAUUUUGUGCCCUCAAUAUUUCAAAUUGUGGCUUUGAUCAAUUAUUUUGUGGCCUAAUUAUCUUGUGGCCUCAAGGUAUUAUCUCAUGGCAUCAUUAUAUUAUCUUGUGGCAUCAAUAUUUCAAGUUGUGGCCUUGAUAUAUUAUUUUGUGGCCCUAAUGUAUCAUCUUGUGGCCGUAAUAUAUUAUCUCAUGGCCCCGUUAUAUUGUCUUGUGGCCACAAUAUUUCAAAUUGUGGCCUUGAUAUAUUAUUUUGUGGCCCUAAUGUAUCAUCUUGUGGCCUCAAGAUAUUAUCUCAUGGUCUUGUUGUAUUAUCUUGUGGCCUCAAGAUAUUAUCUCAUGGCCUUGUUGUAUUAUCUUGUGGCCUCAAGAUAUUAUCUCAUGGUCUUGUUGUAUUAUCCUGUGGCCUCAAGAUAUUAUCUCAUGGCCUUUUUGUAUUAUCUUGUGGCCUCAAGAUAUUAUCUCAUGGUCUUGUUGUAUUAUCUUGUGGCCUCAAGAUGUUAUCUCAUGGCCUUGUUGUAUUAUCUUGUGGCCUCAAGAUAUUAUCUCAUGGCCUUGUUGUAUUAUCCUGUGGCCUCAAGAUAUUCUCAUGGCCUUAUUGUAUUAUCUUGUGGCCUCAAGAUGUUAUCUCAUGGCCUUGUUGUAUUAUCUUGUGGCCUCAAGAUAUUAUCUCAUGGCCUUGUUGUAUUAUCCUGUGGCCUCAAGAUAUUAUCUCAUGGCCUUGUUGUAUUAUCUUGUGGCCUCAAAAUAUUAUCUCAUGGCCUUGUUGUAUUAUCUUGUGGCCUCAAGAUAUUAUCUCAUGGCCUCAAUAUAUUAUAUCAUGGCCUUGUUAUAUUAUAUUGUGGCCUGGAUAUAUUACUAUGUGGCCCUAAUGUAUUAUCUUGUGGCCUCCAUACGUUAUCUCUUUGCCUCAAUAUAUUAUCUUGCAGCCUCAACAUCUCUCAUGGUCUCAGCAUAUUAUCUUAUGGUCUUGAUAUAAUAACUUGCAUCCUUAAUAUAUUAAUUUGUGCUUGCAAUAUAUUAUCUCAUGGUCUGAAUAUAUUAUUUCAUGCCCCCAAUAUAUCAUCUUGUUACCUUGUUGUAUUAUCUUGUGGCCUCGAUAUAUUAUCGUUUCGCCUCAAUAUAUUAUCUCGUGGGCCUCAAGAUAUUGUUUUGUGACUUUGGUAUAUUCUCUUGUCACUUUGAUAUAUAUUAAUUCCAGGCCACACCUUAUUAAAAAAAUAACCACCAUGUCAUCUCAGAGGCUCUGUAUACUACAGAUACAAGGCAAAACAUUUUUUCUAUAUACAUGGCAACACAAGUGACCUCUGUGAAGGUCACUGAAUGUUUACUUUGCUGACUCCAGUUUACUAAGCAGUUUUGUAAGUUCUAUUUUCACUCCUACAUUCAUUGGCCAGGAGCAUUUUUAUUUCGAAUGGAUAAUAACAGUUCUUCAGAAAUAAAUCCGUGUUGUUCGAUUUAAUGUUAUUGACGCAUUUUGGUAUAAAACACCCUGACGAUGCUUCUGUCUACAAUUUUUUUGUUUGUUUUUGUUUUGGUUAACAAAAAAAAAAAAUCAGUUACUAAGCAAUGUAAAUUGUCUUCAUAAAAAAAUGUAAAUAUAUUGUUGUAUGGUAGAGUACCAUGGGACUAAAGGCUCUCGUUACGGAAAACCGAUAAUAAUCAAAAAGCAGAUGUAACAAGCUCUGGACACUGGGCAAAGUUCUUUUCAUGGAGAUAUCAGAUUUCUGCAGCACACUAAAGAUUUCGUUUGACCUCUGGUGACCUUCUGUCCCGCGGUGCCCUACUACAGUUUGCAAUAUUCUUGGGGAAACGAAAAACACCAAGUAACUAUGAUGAAAUUGUACAUAGUUUGUUUUUAAUAAAUAAUAAAGCUUUUUUUUUUUGUCUUAA